AUGAAGACCAGUAUAAGUUUAACCUUAAAUUGGCGGAAACUACUGACAACAAAUGCUAUUGAGAAGUCGUUGCUUAACAAAAUAAAGAACAAAUUGGAAGAAGGUCAGAGGUUAAUGCUAGAAUGCCAAAAAGACAUUUUACUUGCGGGCAAGUCACAGUGUGGCUGGUACAUGGUAGAAGAGUAUCCGCAUCCAUGUGGGCUGCAUCUGCAUAUGCACCUGCUACCUCUCUUUUGGCCAGCAUGCAGCAAAACAUCAAGUCAUCCACCCCCUUAUGCCCCUGAAGUAUGUAGUUUGUCAACCAAAUAUGUUUUUCUACUGGUAAAGCCAGGCAUUAACACUCUCCUUGUCCAGCUAUGACCAAACAAGAGCCUCCUUUCAUCUCAAGAUGACUACAAGAG